AGGAAUACAAAAAUAUUCUUAAAUAAUCACGACGUCAGACUUUGAAUCGGAUAUCCAUUUGACAAUACCGUCUGGAUACUUCAGAGAUUACGUUUCUGUGUAAAAGUCCAUAACAUAUUCUCAAAAAAUAAUAAGGUUCAAAAAAAAAUAUUCUCAAAAAAUAAAGUAGGAGAAAAAUAACUGAAUCGUUGGUUGGUGAAGAACGAUGAUACGUAGCUUCCAGUUUAGAGCUCCGACGAACCAUCCCGGUUCCUCCAUCAAAACCGACCACAGUCACCGGUUAAUCAGGUUUCCGACGAGAUGCUCGUCACCAGAUCUCGGCCAUUACACGGUUCUUGGUUUGACUCCUUUUGCAUCUCAAGCCGAAGUCAAGCGGGCUUUCAAACGUCUCGCUCUUAAGUACCAUCCAGAUGUGCAAAAGGGACAGGAGAAGGAUUUCAAGGAGAUCAUAUCAGCCUACGAGUGUUUGAUGCAAAAGUUUGGGAAUCAAGAAGAAGAACUAGAGGAGAUUACAGAAUUGGAUGAAACCGACGAGUGGGAGGAAUGGAUGGGGUUCGAAGGUGGGAUACCCUCAAGCGUGUACACUUCUUUUUAGAGAAAAUAUCAACGUGUACUUGUUACAAUAGAGGUAGAGUCAGAUAAACCAAUAUUUUGAACUGUCACUGGAAAAAAAAUAUAAUAUGGAAUUGAAAUAUUUGAACUUUAAAAAAGACAUUAGUAGCUUUUGAUGAUAAUAAAUUAUGGUGUAAAAAUAAAAAUUACUUUUAUGGUAAUUUUUUCUUUUAAUUUGUUGGUCACCAUGUUUCAUGAGUACUCCAGUAUAAUUUAUUGGU